CUCCGAAGCUCUGCGAGCGCGGGCGGGGGCUGGGGGUCCGGCCGUAGAGUGCCGUUGACUUUGUAGUGAGGGGGAAAGGAGCACUUCGAGGCGGGAUGUGGAAGCAGAGCUUGUCGGAAUUUAUGGGUUUUAAUUCAUAUUUUCUGAGCGGCUGGUACCUGAUUUAUUUCAGGGAGCUUUAUUUCUCAGUCCUCCAGAUUUUAACGUGCGUCAGGAAUCAUGUAGAACCUGAGGCACUGAAAAACGAACGUGUCGCGCUCUGCUGGUAGCGUUGGGGUGCAGAAAGAGAGCGCCUUGAAACUACAGCUGUGUGCGGUGGUGUGCCGCCUUGCUCAGAGCUGCUCUGCAGCCCCGGAGAAAAGGGCUCUGCUCAUGCUGCUCCUCGAUGAGAGCUGUCAGAAGCUUCUUUUUCUUUCUCCAUCAGAAAUAAGACACAUUUUGCCUUUACAAAAACAGAGUGUUUAAGUAAUUUUCUUCCACCCGAAGGAAAUAUCUCAAAAAAAAAAAAAAAUUGCUUUAAUGGUAGCCUCUGUGUUCUGCGAACAAGCUUAUUGAAAAACUCUUUCAGAUGUGCUUUGAUUCGUGCUUGAUAAUUCUACUACUGUUUUGCAGUUGUCUUUAGGCAGCAGAAAUGGAAAAGCUCUGUGUCCAUGCGGGCAAAAAUGCCUCCUUGCAACUUUGUACCUGAAAAAUACCGAGAAGGUAACUAUGGCUGCCCAGAAACAGCUUGCUUGCCUUUGGCAUACCACUAAUAUUUACAUGCAUCCGUCAAUCCAUGAAUAUGCUGAGAAACUAACUUCAUUUCUUCCAGACCCACUUAAGGUGGUUUACCUAACCAACAGUGGGUCAGAAGCCAAUGACUUGGCCAUGUUCAUGGCAAGGUUAUAUACUCGGAACUUUGAUAUCAUCUGUUUCAGAGGGGCAUAUCAUGGAGGCAGCCCUUACGCACUGGGAUUGACGUCUAUCGGUUCUUAUAAACAUGGUGUUGCCAAUGGCAUUGGCUGUUCAACAACAAUGUUGCCAGAUGUUUUUCGUGGUCCAUGGGGAGGCAGCAAUUGUAGAGAUUCACCAGUGCAAACUGUUCGAAGAUGCAGCUGUUCUGAAGGUGUAUGUCAUGCAAAUGAACAGUACAUUGAACAGUUCAAAGAUACUCUGAACACUUCUGUGCCAAAGACAAUAGCUGGAUUUAUUGCUGAACCAAUUCAAGGUGUUAAUGGAGCUGUUCAGUACCCAAAAGGUUUCUUAAAGGAAGCUUACCAGCUAGUACGGGAAAGAGGAGGUGUUUGUAUUUCAGAUGAAGUGCAGACAGGAUUUGGACGGACAGGCAGCCAUUUCUGGGGAUUUCAAACGCAUGAUGUAGUCCCUGACAUAAUUACUUUAGCAAAAGGAAUUGGUAAUGGCUUUCCAAUGGCAGCUGUUGUUACAACAAAAGAGAUUGCAAAUUCUCUGGCUCAAAACCUUCACUUCAAUACCUUUGGAGGAAAUCCUCUGGCCUGCGUAGUGGGAUCUGCAGUUCUUGAUGCUAUUGAAGAAGAUAAUCUUCAAAAAAAUAGCAAGGAUGUGGGAACAUACAUGUUACUAGAGCUUGCUAAACUACGGGAUAAGUUUGAGAUUGUUGGAGAUGUCCGUGGCAAGGGACUCAUGAUUGGGAUAGAAAUGGUGACAGAUAAGGACAGUCGUCACCCUCUUCCAUCUGAAGAAAUCAAUCAAAUCUGGGAGGACUGUAAAGACAUGGGUGUUCUGAUCGGCAGAGGAGGACUUUACAAUCAGACAUUGAGAGUUAAACCCCCUAUGUGCAUUACUAAAAAGGAUGUUGACUUUGCUGUUGAAGUAAUUCAUACUGCAUUAGAGAAACACAUGGGAAAAGCAGCUGCAAACUAGUCUUGUUUCCUCACGAGAUGCACAUCGGACCUGACCCUUGCUGUCCAGACUCUAAGGAAAGCAUAGUCUAAAGAUAAAAUACUUGUCAGCAUCGUAAGACUAUUGUUACAGAACCAUACUUAAAAGUUUGCUCUCUAACCCAUUUUAUCAAAAUACAGGUUAGUAUUCAUUUGCCCUCAACAGGGCAACAGGCAGUGUUAGAGGUUGGGAUUGGUCAAGGCACAAUAGUUUAUUUCUGCUGCCCCUUGUUCCUUACUCUUGUACUGCUGCUUUUCUCUCACUGUUUUUCUAUGCAGAAGUUCUCUAGCAGGCUACAGUCCCCUUGGGUGAGGUUACACGAGGUUAUUUGUUCCUUUGCUCCAGCUUUGUUCCUGUGUCUCCUUUGCUGCCAUUUCUUACCUACAUUUUCAACAGAAGCAAUAUGAACUCUUGUUUGAUUAAACAUUGGCAUGUGGUAGGACUGCUGCAAAGCCAGCUGUGACCAAUACAGGGUAGUCCCUGACCACCUCUUCCACAGAGGUCACCUCUGCAGCUACCAGAACUUUGCCUUUCAUACCCAAUAAGCAUAAGCAUACAUAAAAACCAAAACUUCAUCACUGUUUUAUUUUAUUUAAAUAACAAAAAUAAUCAACUCAAAAGAUAAUAUUGCAGUUCAAGUCUUACCCCAUGACAUGAGAUUUCACACAGAGUCACUCUUUGGCUAGGAAGCAUUCUAAGCAUAAUGUAAUUGCGGGUCUCAAACAGAGCUAAAACUGUUCACCUUUAUCACAAUGAUAGAGUGUAAUUACAACAUUAAAAAAUCUGUGCACACAAACAGAAAGUUUCUAAUUAUGGUAAUUACUUUUAAUGUCAAAUCCAGUCAUCAGCCUCUCCAAAAAAAACUCUUUGCUUUUCUUCCUGCUGCUUUUUGAAUUUUAGUUAUUUAGCAAAGAUGCAAACUCUGACUGGUGAAAUAAGGUACAGCUUUUCUAACAUAAUCACUUUUGAAACAAAAUUUUUGUUACCUUCUCCACACUUCAAUAAAAGUAAUAUUGUUGUCUGUUAGCAAGAACUAUACAUUUAUCAUUUUACUUUGAUGAAAGUUUUAAUGUUUGAAUAAUUUCUUGAUUUAAUAACAGUUCUGUGUUCCACACUUUUUUUUGAUAAGCUGAAAUGCUAGAGCAACUCAUGUAAGGCAAGAGCAUUACAUUUAGAAAAUGCAAUGAGAGAAAUACAGAAAAAUCUAGGAGUACACUUAACAUACUAUAUCCCCAAGUCCUCCAUAAACACUGGAUUCUCUGACUUCACUGACUGCUUGUUUUGCAAAACUCUUUUGUUCACUUGCACUCAAAAAUCAGGUGUUCAUCUUUUCUUUUUUUUAAGUGCUAUUCAGAACGAAUUAAUUACGCAUUUAAACAGAGACAUAAUACCAGUUCCCAUUUGGUUUUUCAUUAGGAAAUCAAAACACAUGUGGAGAGCAAUCCAUACCACCUGCUACUCUCUCCUCAAUUGGCAGCAUCUACUGUGCAUGUACCAUGGCACAGAACCCCUGUGUGCAACUCAGCUCAUAUACAUUAACACUGACACUUCAGCCAUCAUCCAUUCCCUCCCACAUUUGUUCCACCAAGGCUCAUCCACAGGAUUUCCCUCCCCAUUACAAACCUUAGCACACAUGGUCCUGUACAAAACUAACAGGGACUGUCCGAACUGUAAUUAACCAACUCUGACAUCUGUACCCUUUUGUCUGCUGGUUAAUUUUAUGGGGCCACUGAGGAUGGUUACUCUGCCACUUGUGCUGCUCAUAUUUCAUUUCUGAUGGAAGAUCAAAACAGCAGAGUCCAAUCUUAACCUCAAAUCAGUUUUCUGCCUCUGUAAAGAAAACAACUGUGAUGUGGUAAAAUAAUUUAUUCCCUCUGCAUAGUUACUCCAUGCAAGUUUCAACAGGAACGCUAGGCAAUUCUGAAUCACUACUGCCCCUUCACCAAGAAAGCUGUCAGAAGGGUAGCUCAAGCUCAGUCAGUAAAGAAAAAAUGGUAAAAACAGACAAAAGCAAAAAUUGCUUCACAAGAUAACAUUCUUCUUGUUACAUCUUCCACAUCUUCCUUUUUUUCUUCUUUCUUUUUUGUUUCCUCCACCAAUAGCAGGAGCUGCCUUCCCAGUUUACCUCAGAAUAGGCAAUGCACACUUUCCAAUGUUUUAGAGAAUCUUCAUGUAUGAUUCUAAAGACUGUCAGUGUAACAAAGUUCUAUCUGUUUUUACGUUUCUCUUUUUUGCCUCUAGUGUGAACAGCUCCAUUUACAGACAGUGCCUGUGUUGCUUUUGCAUGUCCUGUUGCUUUUAGAUGUUCAAACAGUUUAUUUCGGGAUGGGAACGUACAGUUGCAGGUUACACAAUAAAUGGGAACUUCAUUCUGAAAGAUGAAAAAAAACAAACUGUUCACAUUUGUACAAGAUGUGUGUACAAGAUGUGUAAUACAUUAUGUAAUAAAUAGAAUACACCAAUUGGCUCUACCUUGCUACUCUUAAAAGAAUGAAAUGUGACUAUGUUGUUUGUGAAAAUGUUGUUUGUUUCUAUAAUGAAUAUCCUAUUACUGAUUGGAAAUUAAAGCAGAAUAUUAAAAGCACAAAUUUGUGAAACUUUAAGGAGAGCCAAGUAAAGCCAAGAAUACAACAGAAGCUUACCAACUGUAAUUAAUGAUAAAGAUUACUUUUGAUCUCUUCUCAAUAAACAAACUAUGAACAUAA